UGACAAGCUGGUCGGUUAACAGUGAGCCCUCCCAAACGUCCAUUGCAUGCCCAUGUGGGCUUUGAUCGCUGUGACAGAUCACCGCCUCCAAACCAGCCCUUGGGUUCAGGGUUUGCCCCUCCUGUCCAGCACCAAUCUGAGACGGCUAAAAGGAGGGGGCGGGAAGGUUAGUUUGAAGAGGGCAGAGCUUUGCGAGAGGACGCCGAAUUAUCUAUUAUUUCACAGCUAGAAGAAAAGAUCCAUACCAAGUGGAUAAUAACAGUUGAGACAGAAAUCUGUCGGAGUACACGUCAGAACCUCGUUAACUCCAAGGAAACCAAGGCGGGAGCGAGAACAAAACGCAAGAACGCAUCCUCUUAUUGCUGCUGGAGUCUCUUCUUUAAAACAAUAUGGCUGCUCUAGUUUGGAAAGCUAAGCCACAGGACUUUGGCUUGUGGGUCCUGCUCCUGCUCUUCAGCCUCCUACCAGAAGCCAGGGCAGUUGUUGGACACAGAGAGCCGCUGCCUGAUGAUAGCAAAGACAAUAUCACCAUUUUCACCAGAAUCCUAGACAGGCUGUUGGAUGGAUAUGACAACAGGCUACGUCCAGGGCUGGGAGAGAGCGUGACAGAAGUGAGGACAAACAUCUAUGUGACGAGUUUUGGGCCAGUGUCUGACACAGACAUGGAGUACACAAUUGAUGUCUUCUUUCGUCAAAGUUGGAGGGACGAGAGACUUAAGUUUGAUGGACCAAUGCAGGUUCUACCCCUCAACAACCUCUUGGCCAGUAAGAUCUGGACUCCUGAUACCUUCUUCCACAAUGGAAAGAAAUCUGUUGCCCACAACAUGACAACUCCCAACAAACUCCUACGACUAGUCGACAAUGGCACACUGCUCUACACAAUGAGGUUGACCAUUCAUGCAGAGUGCCCCAUGCACCUGGAAGAUUUCCCAAUGGACGCACAUGCCUGUCCUCUCAAGUUUGGAAGUUAUGCUUACACAAACAAUGAGGUGAUCUACCUGUGGACCCAAGGAGACGAGAGGUCUGUCUCUGUGGCGGAAGAUGGCUCCAGGCUCAACCAGUAUGACUUACUGGGGCACGUUAUUGGGAAAGAAACCAUCAGUUCCAGCACAGGAGAAUAUGUAGUGAUGACAACUUAUUUCCAUUUGAAACGGAAAAUUGGCUAUUUUGUGAUUCAAACCUACCUCCCGUGCAUCAUGACUGUCAUACUGUCUCAGGUCUCCUUCUGGCUUAACAGAGAAUCUGUUCCUGCGCGCACUGUAUUUGGGGUCACCACUGUCCUGACCAUGACCACCCUGAGCAUCAGCGCUAGAAACUCCCUCCCUAAGGUGGCCUACGCCACCGCCAUGGACUGGUUCAUGGCUGUGUGCUAUGCCUUUGUCUUCUCUGCCCUGAUCGAGUUUGCUACGGUCAACUACUUCACCAAGCGCAGCUGGGCAUGGGAUGGGAAAAAAGAGGGCAUGGAAAUAAGGGAACCGUUUCAGGCUAACAUGGCCAGGAUUAAAGAUAUGAGAAGAGAAUCUGCCACUUUGUCCAAAAAGUCGAACAACACCUUCAACAUAGUCGGCACCACCUACGCCAUGAACGUGGCUAAAGACCAAGGUUUGACGACCAUUUCCAAGAGCGCCACUGGAGCACCGGCUAAACACUCCUUUCUGCAUAAAUUAGAUGACCCCUACACAGAGGCCAAGAAAUCCUACAACCGCGUCAGCAAAGUGGACAAGAUAUCACGCAUCAUUUUCCCAGUUCUCUUCUUCAUCUUCAACUUAGGCUACUGGGCAACAUACGUCAACAGAAAGCCCGCCAUCAUGAAGGCAAACAACCUAAACUGAAUCUAACCAAAUUAUCCGGUUUGCUUUGGAGGGUAGGAAGGUUUGUAGAAGGCCGAGUCCAUUACAUCAUAAUGUGUGUGUAUGUGUGUGCGCGCAUGUUUUGUGUGUGUCUUUUCUCAGCGUUUGAUAUUUUGCACGUCUGUGUAGAUGGAAGGCAAAGUUCAACGUGCAUUAGAUUCACAUGUAGUAGUGGACCUUGGAGGAAGCAUAUUCUCCCAUCAGUCUGUGUUUGUGUAGCGUUUCUUUUCUCCCCCUCCACACUUAGCUCUGGCCCUGUUCCCCCUUUUUGUAAGUAACCGAGUGUUCCUUCUGCUGUAUCUUGAUUGCUUGCCGUUUUGUGGAGUAGUCAAACUGUGCUUUCACCAUGUUUUGACAUGUUUGGGUUUUUGGAGCACGCAUGCAUUUUUAAGUUUUCCAUUGUAGCUCAUUACUAGUGAUAAGGCGCCGACACAUCCAUGGAGUUGACAACAUGUGUGCACACACGCACACAGACACACUGAUGCUUCAGACAACCUGAGCAGAGCCGUUCACUGGUUGUUUUACUGUGCUGUGUUAGUUGGGGGGAGCCUGGAUAAAUUUACAGGAAAAUCAUUAAUAAUUGUCAGUGUCUGGCCUUUAGCUCAGGCUGACUCUCAGCAGUCCCCAUGCAGUCUCACUGGGCUGCCGGUCCAUUUUCUAGUCCACUGAUUUCUAUUGUUUUAACUGGCUGAGUAUGUUCAGUGACAGAUAAGCUAUGUGCCUUGGUAAAUACACUCAUCAUAAAGAUAAAAGCUUGGACAUUACUGUACACUUUUGCACAACGGCCUGUGUCUAUGUUACAUGUAAACAUUUACUGGUAUCUAUAGGCUCUGUACAGGCAAAAGUGUAAAACUGCCCAUCACAAUUUAAUGUUAACAGACCUCUGCCUGUGAGAUGAAGCAAAGAGGUUAAAGGAUCCAGUCUAAGCCCAAAACAAUUAUCAUGUGCAUUUAUGUUUUGACUCACGAGGCGGUGUCUUCAUGAGCUAAGCAGUCAUAACAAACUACCACCAUUACCUCAGACUUAAGUCAAAUUCUGAAUUGAUGUUUAGUGUAUAAUUUUUUGGAUAUGUAAAUUGCAGUAAUUUUUUAUCUAAUUAAAUCACACAGGACCCUCUUUUAUUUUGUAUUUUGUGAGCAGGCAUCCAGAAGCCUUUGUUUCUGUUUUUUUGUUUGUUUGUUUUUUGUUUUUUGUGUUUUUUUUCAUUUGCUGUAGCCGUUUCAUAAACGUCCUGCUUUUCUGCAUAAUUAAGACAUAGAUCCAAGCUGUUCUUUUACACUUUGUUGCGUAAAGUGUAUUAGUGUUGAUUUGAUUGUCUAUUGGUUUUGUGUUUUGUAGUAGAAAACAAAGCCAGUAUGUUGAAGUCAAACAUUAUAUAUAAACAAUUUUCAGAGACACUGUUGCUACUGGAGAUUAGCAAAUCAGUACCAAAACUGCCCAGUUUCUCAAUAAUUAAAUUAAUUGCCUGGACACAUAAUAUUCAAGCCUAUUCCUUUAACAAGUGAUAAGAGUCAAACCAGAUGUAUCUCCACUGCAACCAGUGUCUUCAACUUCAGUUUGUAAUUGUCAAAUGGCAUCUGUAUACAUGUGUAACAAUCUGUAUCUAUCUCUUGAGUUUGGUACAUGUUUAUAAAGAUGUUUAGCUAUUUCUGCUGCUUAUUUUCCAGAUGCACUCUGGACAUUUUUUGAUUAUUUUGACUAUAGACUCUAAUGACUCUUAUGCUGUACCUGAGAACCAAACAUGUAGUUAAUCUUGUCAAACUGUAAGUUAAGCCUAGAAAAAUUAGUUCAUUGUGUUGUGGCCUCUAAAGAUUUGUUAAUUUCAUGUACAGUGUAUCAGUCAUAGGUUUAUGCAUGACAAUCUGUACACAUGUAUGUCUGCUCUCUGCAACCUUCAAUGAUGGUGUUUUGUCAUAGAAAAAUAGGGCUUAGUGUCAGUGUUUCUGCAGUUUAUCCAGGUCACUUAUCACUUUUCUGCCAUAACUCCCAGGAUAAACACAAUUCCAGUUGUUUCUUAAUACGAAUGCUUGUAUUUUACAGCAUGAUCAGAGUUCUGGAAGUGUUUUCCCUCAUUUGCAAGGAAACAGAUGACAGGUUUUUAUUUAUAAAAUCUUAAAUCUUAAGAAUCUUAAAUAUCUAGUUAUUUUAUGCAUUUCAUAAUGAUUAAUUGUUGUAAUUGGUAGACAUGUUGGGAGGAUCAGUGUAACUCAACUUCUGCACUUAUUUUAAUGACACAUUUGGAACAUGCAUUACUAAUGUGAGGAAUUAAGAUUACAAAAACAUUAAAAAAUACUUUAUUAAUCCCAAAGAGAAACUGCAAUAAUCCCAAAGGGAAAUUGAGAUUAUCAAAAAUAUCUAAAAAUGAACCAGAUCCCUGUUUAAUAAGCUACAAUAAAAACUUCCUCACAUCCCUGAAUAGAUGCCAUGGUGCUGACAAUUUAAAGCUUUUGAAUCCAACACAUUCACUGAAUCAAUUCUCUGUUCUUGCAACCUCUCCCUUUUUACAGACUAUAAUUUGUCUCAAAUAAACUGAUUCAUCAUGCAUCUGCUGAUGGUUUCUAAAGCCUGCUGGCUGCAUCUAAUUCAGGAUCUGAUGACACACCGCUCUAAUGUUUAUGUAUGAUUCUUCUGAGUAAUGAGAUAGAUGUACUGUAGGUAGAUAGCUUUAAGCAACAGCUGCCUAGUCGUUAAAAGGCAUUUGUAAAAUAACUUGCCUCAAAAAUACAGUAUUCAUCUAGUGGAUAACACAACCAGUUUUAAUAAUGCACAUCACUACACAGGUCCAGGCCAUAUCAAAAUCUGGUGAAAUGUAUAUGUAGACAUUAGUGAUUGGAGGUAAAGCUCUUUUCAAAGAUUCUGCACUUUUAGAUAAGUUUAUUACUUUUUGUGUCACUGUAAAAAUCACCAGCCUGGAUGUAUGUCAUAAAUGGACCAAAUUGUUCAAAUCGUUGCUAUUUAUUUCCACUUAGUUCAGUAUGGGAUUACGUUUAUAUAUGUCAGUGAAUAACCAAAAAGAGAAAACACUUCCAAAACUGCACAGCCAGAACCUCUGCUGAACUACAACAGAAUCGCCACCAUCCAAACUUUCAGAUCAGUAACUGAACUGCCACAGCAUGCAAACAUUUAAUGGAGCAAAAAUAGCAGGUGAGUUCAUUUUACCACAAAUAACUGAUAUAAGAUGCAUCUGUACACCAUGCUUAUUAGGGCACUUUGCAUUUUGUUAGCCUAAUAGCAAAAUUUCCCUAAGUUAUAUUUUAAGGUUUUCUAGGCAAUGAUGCCCAGUGAAUCAACAGUUGUAAGAGGCAGAUAUAACAUUCUAGGCCAAAUAUAACUUAGGCAAUAAUGUGUGGUAAAUCUGAUUUUAUUUUAUUUGUAUUUAUUUAUUUUAAUUUAUUUAUUUGCAUUGCUGAGGGGUUUUGAUAAAUAAAACUGUACUGUUGUCAUUCAGGUUUGGUUAUGAUUGUUUUAUUCAUGAGGUCUUUUCCUCACAGGGCCAGAGUUAAUGUCACUAAAACAAAUAACAUUUCAUCCUAUACACUGAGAUACAGUAUAUUAAGAGUAAAAUACUAUAUAAAUAUAUUUAUGCUAUUUAGUAGAGCAUUAAAUAUUCUAUGUUUUAUACAACAUAACCUCUACAGCAUUGAUGCAAAUCUCUUGAUGAGUAGAAAGCCGUAGAUUAUUAGAUCAACUGAACAAUAAUUAAUGGCAACAAUUCUAAUUGCUCUGAAGGUGUUGACUAAUUGUGAAUUUGUAGAUAUUGUGAAAUCAAUCCAAAUAGUUUUGUUGUGAAUAUUGAUAUGUCAUGUCAUUUAUUUUUACAUCUAAUAGACACUGCUGUUUUACAUCAAACUCUGUAACACUACGUGUUAUGGUAUUAUAAACAACUACAGUAGAAAUACAGUAAUCUUCAUCAAGCUACUUACAGGAUCAGUAUCUUGUGUGCACUUUUCUAACCUAACUGUGAAUUAGCAGCUGUCUGCAAGCAGAGUUGUACACACUGUGUUCUCCGUCCAGCAAUUCCACUGCAUGUCCCUACGCAUUGAGAGAUCAAAGACUUCCUCCACAAAGACAGCUCCGGGAACUUUGUGGACUUUGUUUCUGUUGGGAAGUUACUCUUGAUAUGCUCAGUGACUGGACUCUGUAUGUUGCACUCUCUUGUUCAUGUGCUUACUGUAUGAGAUGUAGCAAAUGGAAAUGAGGAUUAAAAGGAUGAUGUAUUUUG